AUGGCCAACGACGACUUCUUUGAAAAUUGUACUCAUCGAUUUUCAAUUGAACAUGUUUACAAGAACUGUACAAACACAACCAAUCAAUGUGAGCUUAUCCAGGAUCUCUACUCGGCUAGGAUGGUUUUCCAUUGGUUGAAUCUGUAUUUGUCCACUUUCUGUUUUGUGGUUUCAGCAGUUUUGAACAUUUAUUGCUUGAUCACAACGGUGUAUAUUUUUUACUAUUUGAGUGAUGAAAUGCGAAAACAUUACGUUUUCGUUCUCAGUCGAUUACUCUCUUCUAUUUUUGCUGUUGUUUCUCUUUUGAUAAUGGAGAAAGUUUUAUAUCUUGAAACUUCUCCAGUAUCUUUCACUUUUUAUGCUAUCGGAUUCUCAAUUUACAAUUUUAGCAUGGACAGUUUGUUAUUGUCCUAUAUAAUGAUCUCCUUGAUAACCUAUUUUGGUGUGGUGCAUCCUGUAUUCUACCAUAACAAAAUCACACUUCGUUCCCUUUAUAUUACGCUAGGAUCCGUUUGGAUUGUAUCCUUAUCAAUUGCGAUCCCUUUGGGCCUCUAUCAAGCAGCUAGUAAUGCUCCAGGACCCAUUCAAUGUGAUCUCCAUUAUUGUGCAAAAGUUGUGGAGUGGAUAACUUUUUCAUUUGUUUGCUUAGCUUUAUCAUUGACUAUCCUGCUGACUGGAUUUGUUUUGAAUGGCAUCGAAGUUCCAGAAGUGACAGCUCGCGCUCGUAUCCGGUUGACCUGGACAUUUUUCGCUUUGAUUAUUUUCAGUAUAGUGGAAUUGUUUCCAGAAGGAAUCAUCAUUGGAUUAGACCAGAAUGACUUGAACACAUGUGAAAAUUUUUAUAUAGCUGAUAAACUGUUAAUACAAACGAUAAUUUCUUCUUUGGAGACUUUUGUGGGAUCCAUUGUAUUUAUGGCCGACCCAAUAAUGAAUAUGUUUUUCGAUAAAAACAUAUCUCGAACCGUAAAGCUACAGCACAAAUAUGAGCAAUGUGGAAAUGCAACGGAUCCAUGUGGGCUGAUAGAGGACAUGUCCACAUGUCAUACAAUUCGGAAAUGGAUGGGUUUUUAUAUUCCAUCUGUGAUCUGUUUUCUGGCCGUUUUAAUAGAUUUAUACUGUUUGUUUAUAACUAUUCUGCUGCUACGGACCCUCAAUGAACAAACAAAAAAAAGAUAUGUUUUCGUGGUGGUUCGUUUGUCAUCUGCUAUUCUCGUGGCUCUGUGCAUAGUGAUUAUUCAAUCGACCGAUUUUUUCGAUGCACCGUUUCAAGACUCAUUUGCCUUUUAUGCAAUAUUUUUUGUUGUCUACGAUUUUAGUAUUUUCAGUUUAUUGGGAUCCUUCACCGGAGUAGCUGUCAUAACAUAUUUUGGAGUGAUGCGCCCGUUAUUCUACAGGGAUCGAUUGACUGUAAAAGUCAUGUAUUUGUUGGCAGUAGGAAUUUGUAUUUUUGCAGCUUGUGUUUCGAUACCAAUGGGGUUGUUCCAAGCAGCAGACGCCGUAGAUGGACCAAUCAGUUGUGAUAGUUCCAGCUGUCAAAUUAUUGUCAAAUGGUUGUUGUUUAGUGUGUCUUGUAUUAUCCUCAUUGGUGCCACCUCAACUCUCUUAUUCGUUACCGUAUCCCUCUAUUGGCACAGUUACAAAUCCAGGAAAAUGGGAAAUAUAACAUCAUCUCCAUCGGAACACGGAAGAGCUCGAUUGGCUUGGACAUGUGCGGUUUUGAUUAUUUUGAGCUCUGUGGAGCUGAUCCCAACUGGACUCUUAUUGGCUUAUGGCAACUUGUCGACAUCGGAUGAUUGUGAUGAUUUCUAUAGAGCUGAUCAGUUGAUAGUGCCAACUGUCAUAUCGUGUACCGAAACUGUUUUAGGAGAAAUUCUCAUUGACACCCUUUUUUUCUACCCCAAAAUGACUCACCGACCAGCUUCGAUUUUUGCAAACUGUUCCAGAUAUUAUGGUGAAUUAGAAGAUGUAUUCCAAGUUUGUGUCAAUUCAACUAAUCCGUGUCAAUCUAUGGAGAGAAUAGAAACAGCCAUAACAAUUUCAAAUGUGGAUUACUACUCAUCGCUGGUUCUGUUCUCUAUAGCUGGUCUUAUGAAUAUCUAUUGUCUUUUCGUACUUGUACCACUUUAUCGAAAAUUACAAAACGAUUCGAAAAAGAAGUAUAUAUUUCUUAUCACUAGAUGUAUAGCUGGAUUAAUUGCUGCAUGUGCGUGGCUUCUGAUUCAGUGUAUUUAUCUGAAAUCCAUUGCUCCAGCGAAUGGAAUUGUUCCUGGAUAUGUGUUGGCAUUGGUUUUGUAUAUUGGAAGUAUCUAUGUUUUAUUAGGUUCCUAUGUCUCAAUGGCUGGUAUACUGUACCUUGGAGUUUUGAAACCGGCCAUGUUCAAUCAGUAUCUCACUUUACGAGUUGUGUAUAUAGCGAUCCCUCUUGCCAUAUUUCAAGCCUCAAUUGCCAUUCCAGUCAGUAUUAAAUGCACUGACAAAUCAUGCAAUCCACUGGUAACUCUUAUUCAUUUCUUUCUCGUUACUGGAUCUCUUGUAAUAGCCAACAUCAUCCUUUCAUUUGUUCUGAUCUCUCUUCUACGACAUCGAAAAGUGUUCAUGAAACUGGACACCGAAUCCAAUGCCUCUCUAAACUCAGCAAUACGUCUUCUAGCUUGGACACUUUUUGCCGUAAUCCUGAUUUCUAUAGGAGAAGUGAUCCCUUUUGUUUUCAUGGAGAUUAGAAGGCAUGCCGGCACAAUAACCGGAUGUUACUGGUUCUACCAUGCCAGUGAAAUCAUCAGUGAAGCGUCAUUCGCCCUAAUUGAAUCCUCCAUCUGGAGUGUUGCCUUGAUUAUGGACCCACUUAUAAAUGUGAUCUUGGAUAAGACGGUGUCAAGGCAAGCGAAAAACCAGGUCCGAUCUAUAAAAAAUCAGUGUUUUCGACUAGCCCAAGCAAUAACUGGACAUUUUUCCCGGAAAAAGAAAAUAGAGGAAGAAAAAGAAAAAGAAGAAGAAGUCUGCCAAAUAACACAGACCGAGUUGAAUUUUCCACCUCGUCUAGAACAAUUAAUAAACAUUUAA